UUCCUCAUCUUUGCUCAGAGCCUUAGAGCUAUCGCACUUGUCCCAUUACUUUACUGCCUACUCGAUAAGAACAUGACAACGAAAAAGAUUUACGACUACCUCGUGCUUGGCGCCGGUAGUGGGGGAAUAGCGUCCGCACGGCGGGCAGCAAGCUACGGUGCCAAAGUUGCAAUCGUGGAGAACAGUCGCUUUGGGGGAACGUGCGUCAACGUCGGAUGUGUACCGAAAAAGAUCAUGUGGACUGCAGCGUCCUUUGCGGAGGCUCUUCGCGAAGCGAAAGGUUACGGAUUUGACCUAGACGUUCGCGGAUUUUCAUGGGAAGCCGUGAAACAAAAGCGCGAUGCGUACAUUAAGCGUUUGAAUGGGAUUUAUGAGAAUAACCUGGCGAAGGAUGGAAUUGAAAAAAUUCGAGGAACAGCAAAGUUUGUGGAUAAAAAGACAGUGGAAGUCAAUGGAGAGCUCUACUCCGGAAAGCAUAUCCUGAUUGCAACAGGCAGCUACGCGUGGAUUCCACCGGCCCCAGGAGCGCGCGAAUACGGUAUUACAAGUGACGGUUUCUUUGAAUUGGAGCAUAUGCCGAAAAAGGUUGCCGUGGUGGGUGCAGGAUAUAUUGGCAUUGAGCUGGCAGGCGUCUUCCACUAUCUAGGGGCGGAUGUGUCGUUGUUUAUCCGUCAUGAUGAGUUUCUCCGUUCGUUUGAUGACGUCAUCCGGUCCACAGUAAUGGAAGAAUACGAAAAAUCUGGCCUAAAGAUUAUCAAAUGCUCUACCAUCCGCAAGGUGGAGAACAAGGGAGAUAAUCUCAAAAAGAACCUGACCUUCAGUGUUGAGAACAAGGAUACGAAUUCGUUCGGCGAUUUUGACGGCUUUGAAGAGGUGUUGUUUGCUAUUGGGCGUAAAGCUAGCACCGAUUCUUUGAAUUUGGGUGUUACCGGGGUUACGACCAACGGUGAAGGUUAUAUCAUUUCUGAUGAAUGGCAAAAUACUGAGCAGGAGGGUGUAUACGCACUUGGAGACGUUUGCGGUGUCGCCAUGUUGACCCCAGUUGCCAUUGCCGCUGGGCGGCGGUUGUCAGAUCGCCUUUUUGGCGGUAAAAAGGACUCCAAGUUGGAUUAUGACAACAUCCCGUCAGUCAUUUUCUCACAUCCGCCUUGUGGCAGCGUCGGACUAUCUGAGGCCGAGGCAGCCACCAAGUACGGCAAAGACAACUUAAAGAUAUACGUAUCCAAGUUUACAAAUAUGCACUUUGCCCUCACUGAGCAUAAGGAGACGACGUUAUAUAAGCUUGUCUGCGUCGGUCCUGAGGAGAAAGUUGUUGGCUUGCAUAUUGUCGGCAAAGCGUCAGACGAGAUCUUGCAAGGAUUUGCUGUUGCUAUUAAAAUGGGCGCAACGAAAGCUGAUUUUGAUAACACUGUCGCCAUCCAUCCGACGGCUGCGGAGGAGAUCGUCACCAUGCGAUGAACGGCCUUCCACCCUUCCAAAUUUUCAGCAUAUAAAUCACAAUGGUUCGCAAUGCAUAAAAAUGGGACAGUUUGUAUAGCAGUAGGAUUAUUUACAUAUCGCGAAUGUGCAAAUAUUCUCAAGGAGAUUGCAUGCUUUUCAGUCUGAUGGUAUCUUCCAUCUUCUGCACGAUA